AGACAGGCGUUGAUACAGGUAAUCAAGGCGUGGCCUGCGCACAGGUGAACGCCGCUGUGGCGGAAGAUUGGGUGAAAAAAAAACAAGCUCGGCACCUGGCAGCCGUUAUUUCCUCUUCCUGACCCGCAGCGCGUUCAGGCAUGGCCCCCGGCUGCGUGGGGAACUGCUCGCUGUUAUUUUUCCUCGCCCUGGCGUUUGAUGCCGCCGGCCUGGUGGUGCUCCUCGUCGGCAUUUUCGGCAAUUUGAACGCAGGCGGCCGCUUCUACGGGGAUUUCCUCAUCUACACGGGCUCCGUCAUCAUCUUCUGCAGCCUGAUGUGGUGGGUGAUGUGGUACACGGGCAACGUGCACCUGUACGCGCCCGGGUACAGGAAGGACUCCCUGGACGCCAGCCUCAUGCAGUGGGCCAGGAAGCUGUCCGAGAGGUUCUCCAAGGGGGGCAAGAAGCCCCUGGAAGCUGCGGAGGACGGGGAGAGGAAGAAAAAGAUGGGCGAAGAGGGCGGAAAGGUGUCGGAGGUGAACAGGAUCGUGCGCGCCUCUGCGCCCCCGCGGAUUAGGUGGGAAGACGGCGGAUGCGACGAAGAGGCAGAGCCCCGGGGGCAGGAAAACGGGGGCUUUGACGGGGAGAGUGAGAGCGCAUCUCCAGCUGAUAAAAACGUGGAGAUGGGGGUCCUAACGGGCUCAGAGGCGGCCCCGCAGGAAGAAGACACCAAAGAAGAGAUGUUCUUCUAACGCAACACGAUGCUGUUUAGCUUUCCGGAUGCUCCUGGACCUACUUCUCCUCCUUUUUUUUUUUUCUUUUUUUUU